AUGGACGCCACCUAUCCUAACUUUGGUUUUGAUGAAUAUAUCAUGCCCACCACUUACGCUGCCUCGCUCAAGUUGGAACCUUAUGAUGCCCAACUGUAUCCUACCACUGGCUUCGGCUACUUUGGUAAUGAUGCCGUGGGUUUUGAGUCGAUGGCGAUGACUCCUGCUCAGCAGCAGUCGUCGAUGGUUAUGAUGCCUCGCUCAACACCUGUGUUUGAUGUCUAUGGCAAGCAACAACCUUCGAGCCCAGAGUCGGUGUCUUCCCGCUUUUCGUCUUCUGCCACUCCUCCGCCCCUUUUAAAUUCUCCUCCCGCCACCGCAACUCCUACCCUUUUAUCCUCCACGUCGUCGUCAACUAUUGCCAACUCUAUCACGGAGAAAAUCGCCAAAGUGAACAAGCUUCCGGAAUCGUUUUUGCCCGAAUUUCAUCAGUACUCGAAGGAGACGUACGAAAACGGCAGUUCCAACAAUAGAAAGAGAAGACGUCAACAUAAGAAUCAGGACGACGACUCUUCUUCCGACCAGGAAGAUGAUUUGGAUGGUGCCUCUGCUGCCGAAAUCCGUCGUCAAAUCCAUAUUCAGUCCGAACAGAAGCGUCGUGCACAAAUUAAAGAUGGUUUUGAUGAAUUGCGCCAACACUUGCCCGGUUGUGUUAAUAAGAAGAUGAGCAAGGCCGCUUUGUUACACCGCACGGUGCAACACAUGCAGCAUUUGAAGAAUAACCAAGCUUCUUUGCUUGCGGAAUUGGAACGUCUCGCUGCUGAAAACGAGCAAUUGAGAAAGUUCCAAGAAUCGGUUCUUCAAAAGCAAGCGCUCGAAAGGAUGUAUCAAAUGGGUGCAAUGUAA